GUUGCUCUGGGGAUGUCAGUCAGAAUGGCUCCUCCUCUUCCUCUGAUCUUUCUCCUCGUGAUUCACUAUGUUUUCAGUGAAAAUGAUUGGGGUGUGAGUUACAGUCCUUCACACAUCUGUGCACUAAAGAACUCAUCAGUGAUAAUGAACUGCACUUAUACAUACCCUACUGAAUAUAAGAUCAUGAAAGUGUUCUGGACCAAAAACCCUGUAAAGAGUGAAGAGCAUCCCGAUCUGUCUGAGGAUCCUGAAUACAGUCAGAGGCUUCAGUAUCUGGGAGACAAACAGCAGAACUGCAGCAUCAGACUGAGUCAUGUGACACAUAAGGAUUCACACAUGUACUGUUUCAGAUUCAUCACUGAUAAACCUGAUGGAAAAUGGACUGGUUAUCCAGGAGUAACUCUUACUGUCACAGAUCUUCAGGUGGAGGCUCCUGAGAGAGUGACAGAGGGUCAUAAUGUCCGUCUGACGUGUAAAAGCAGCUGCACUCUGACUGACAGAGCAACAUUCAUCUGGUACAGAAACUCACAGCCAUUAACUGAGAGAAGAGACGGAAACAAUCAACUCCUGCUGCAGUCAGUCAGAAGAGAGGAUGCAGGCAGAUACAGCUGUGCUCUACAUGGACACAGUUACAUCUCUCCUGCUGCUCAGCUCAGUGUCACGUAUCUUCCCAGGACUGUCUCAGUGUCCAUAACUGGAUCUGGUGAAAUAGUGGAGGGAGAUUCAGUGUCUCUGAGCUGCAGCAGUGACUCAAACCCUCCUGCUCUGAACUUCAGCUGGUUUAAGGAGAAUCAAAGCUCAGCUGUUGGAUCUGGACAGAGUUUCAGUGCACUACAGAGUGGACGCUUCUACUGUGAGGCUCACAACCAACAUGGAUCUCAGAGAUCAGACGCUGUUACUGUCACAGUUCAUCCUGGUGCUGAUAGGAACGUGAUUGUGAUCGCAGCAACAUCUGGAGGAUUAUUCAUCAUCAUCAUCAUCAUCAUCAUCAUCAUCAUACUAUUUAAAAUGAAAAGAAUAAAGAGAAUAUCUACUAUACAAGAGUAUGAGACCGAUGAUCCCAGUGCAAGCUCAUAUGCAGCUCUAGACCUCAAAUCCAGAUCUAAUGACCUGUACAACACGCUCACAACUGUCCCUCCCACACCUGCUGUUCACCAGUCGGGAUCUUCUGAUUAUGAGAAUCUGCCACCGUAUCACAAGAUGCCACAGUAAGAUGAAGCGCAAAUUAAACUUUACUCAACUUUUGUCGCGUUUCUGGACAACCUCAUCACAACUCCUGAUGAAAAUGAACAGUGCUGGGGAAAGUUACUUUUAAAAGUAAUGCAUUACAAUAUUGCGUUACUUUUUAAAAUCUG